CUUAUGUAGAAACCUCAAUGCCUAGAUGUUUAAUGGGCCUACUCCACCCGGUGACUAUCGCCAACAUAGGUGGUUACCAAAUUUGUGGGAACUGUCGUCUUGGGCCAGUAUGAGGGAUGUUAUAAAUCACUUGUUUCUUUAACCCUUUUCCCUUAAUACUUUCUCUAGCGUAUAGUCAUGAGUUCAAGACAUUUCACACUUCAGUGAAUUUGAGCCAUAAUACUCUUCAUUGCAUCCGCAUACGCCGCGCCACCAUAUCAUGGGGCUACACAAUACUACAGGGGACGCCGUGCGACCCCUUCUGCUACGAAGCUUGCUCAUUCUGCUGAUCAUAGUCCUGGUUCGAUUCUUCUAUAGAGGAUAUGUUGCACGGGGCCGAGUGAGAUCGUUAAUCGCCCAGGGAAUACCGGUGUUACCACAUUCCCUGCUGUUCGGCCAUCUCCCGAUCUUGGCUAGUUUCCGUGCGGUUCACCCUCCAGAUGUCAACAUCUACAUGUUUCAUCGUUGGCUUGCCGCAAAUUCUAGGAAGUACUUUCCCGGUCGGGACAGGGUGCCACCAGUGGUCUAUCUCGACCUUUGGCCUCUGUCCAGCUCCUUAGCAGCGGUGUUUGAUCCCGUAGCUGCGUCUCAGUUCACACAAUCUAAGAGUCUUCCAAAGGAUCAUCUCAUGGCUGAGUACAUGAUGCCUUUAACAGGGAACUUAGACAUGGUUUCUUCCGAGGGACAGCUUUGGAAAACGUGGCGAUCAAGGUUUAACCCUAGUUUCAGUCCACGGAACCUAACGGCUUUGCUACCAGAAAUUAUCGAAGAAGCCCUCGUGUUUGUAAACGGACUUAAGGACUUGGCAGGUACGGACGGUAACUGGGGACCGGUUUUCCAGCUCGAAGAGAAGACAAUCAACCUAACAUUCGACGUCAUUGUUAGGGCAUCCAUAGAUUUACGGUUACGCGAGCAGUCACGCAAGUCUAGCAGCCCUCUCAAAGCUGCUUUGUUGAAACAGACCAAGAUGAUGGGUAUGGUAACAGAUGUCGCAAGAAUGCUACCCCUCGUCAGGAUGCCUUGGCACCAUGCCGCCAUCAGGCGAAAUAACGAGGACAUGCGUAAAGUUCUACUUCCACAGAUAGAGAGCAAGCUACGAUCGGACGCCUCAACCAACCAGCAGAAGAAGACCAUCGUGGACGUAGCUAUGAAGUAUGUCGAUAAAGACGAUCCUAGCGUGUCUAAAGAGAAGCCCGAUGCGGUGUUCGUUGAUAGACUGAUAGCGAAUUUGAAAGCGUUCAUUUUCGCGGGCCACGAUACAACUUCGUCGACCAUCUGUUUCAUGGUAAAACUGAUGCAGGACCACCCAGAGAAGCUAGCAAAAGUCCGAGCCGAACACGAUUCUGUGCUCGGACCGGACCCGGAAAAGGCAGCAGAAAUCUUAACCACCUCGCCUCACCUCUUAUACUCCCUGCCGUACACCUUGGGCGUUAUCAAGGAGACACUAAGACUAUACCCUCUUGCUGCGACAGUCCGUGAUAGCAAAACCGUUUCAGGUUUCGCCCUCACCGUGCCAGGUUCUCUGCCGACUACGUAUCCUUUGGAUGGCUUUGGGCCAUGGCUCGCCGUUCACGGCCUCCAGCGCAAUCCCGAUUACUGGCCACGGCCAAACGAGUUCUUGCCAGAGCGCUGGCUAGCUGUCGAAGGCGAUUCGCUGUACGUCGCUACCAAGGAAGCCUGGGCAGCGUUCUCCCUGGGCCCAAGGAAUUGCAUUGGCAUGGAGUUGGCGAUGAUCGAGCUUAGACUGGUUUCGGUUCUGAUAGCGCGAACUUUCGACAUCGAAGAAGCGUGGGCGGAAUGGGAUGAGAAGCAGGGCUCCAAAGCUACGCCUACUCAUAUUGUGAACGGCGAACGUCUUUACGAAAUCGGAAGCGGUACAGUGCACCCGAAGGACGGUAUGCCGGUACAUGUAAGAUUGCGGGCUCAUAAGCCGGCCCCCUGAAAACGGCUAUGUACCGGUAAGUAGGAAAUAGACAUAACAGCAUACUUCUCAUUCUCAGCUACCCAUUUAUCCAGUUCUUGAAUGUUGUUGAUCCAAAAUAAAAUAUAGUAAUGUCUACCUACGUGUUCCCGCUUUGAGGCAAUGUUGCGAUCUGCU